CAUGAGGUUAGCCUUCAGCUGUUUACAAGACUCGAGGCUUUUGAAGCUACUUCUGACGCCGCUGCCGCAACUGUUGAUGUCCCUGCCGUGACGCCCAUACAGGAAAGGAGCGGCAAGCGGAAGCGUGCACGCCCAAGAAAGUAUGCCCUCGAUGGUAGCUUGACGCAACGUCCCCACGAGUCUUAUCUCCUUCUUUCGUAUGCGGGGAGGGUAGAGGCAGGCUUCCUGGGUCUGGCAGGAAACACAUAUGGCUGCCUACAUGGGAUCUACAGGAGUCGGGUUUACACCACAUGUUAUGAUAGUGAAAGCUGGAGAGGAUGUCUUAUCAAAAAUCAUGUCGUUUUCGCAACAUGGUUCACGAGCUGUUUGCGUCUUGUCAGCGACUGGUUCAAUAUCCAAUGUCACUCUUCGUCAGUUCCCCACAUCUGGAGGAACUGUUACUGUCGAGAGAGUGCCGGUCAACCCAGCAGAACUGGUGGGUUUAGUGUGUUAUUAUCUGGCCCAAAUGGUAACAUAUUGGGUGGUGGCGUGUCCGGGCUUCUAACUACAGCUUCCCUUGUUCAGGUUGUCCUUGGCAGUUUCAAUGUAGAAAGUCAGAAAGCAUCAAAGAUGGGAAAUAGUUCUGAGCCUAUGUCAGCUCCACCAAGGCUUGUCCCCGGACCAUCUGCAACAUUCAGCCCACCAUCGCAUGGAACUUUCAGUGAACCAUCUGCAACAACAGCAAUCCUCAAGGCUUGACAAAUAUAAAAUGGAAAUAGAGCUACGGAUGGGUUGCGCUUGUGUGCGUAAGUAUGCUCUUCGCAUGAGCUACAAUCUUGGGUUGCUUGUCCAUCCUUGACUGAAGAGCAAAGCUAAUUAAUGUAAUUUAUGAGUUUCACAUAAGAAGUGAUUAGUGAGAGUUCAGUUACCAAAAAAUUCUAUGGUUACCGAAAACAAGAUUAGUGAGAGUUCCCUUUGAGGGAUAGAUUAAGUUAGGUUAUGUUGUAGAUUUUUCUUUUUGGGUUGUUUUAGUGAGGUUUGAGACAUUGCUUUCAUUUCUUUUUUGCGUAGUCAUAGCCAUACGAAAGCAUUUCGUUUUCGGAACUUGUUUUGUGUGAAAGAACACAAAGCUCUGGAAUUGUGGAUGUGAUGGUGUUGCUGAAC